AGACACUGCAGACCUCAUGCUAAUCCAGCAGACAUGUCCUGGCAAAGUCAAUCAGGGACUGCAAUCUACGAGUAUUCUGCUUUGGGAUUGCGAUAGAUAUAUAGUUUAUGCAACCGGUGGUAACGCUGUCAUAUACACAAGCCGCUUUGAUCAUGUUCAGACUAUUCAGGUUGCCAAAAUACUCAAAGAUGGAGGGAAUAUCGAACGCGAUACAAAGUCCGUAUCGGUAUCCUCCGUCGCUUUCAAUAGCACAAAUGGGAAGCUGGUAGUGUCUUGUGAAACAUGUGCUUUGAUAUUAUGCAUGCGAGAGGAAGAUGGUCGUACUACCUGGUCUCUUGAGAGUGUAUUAAAGGAACAAGAUAAUGGAGCAAUGAUAUAUUGUGUUGAUUGGAGUUCUCGAGGCGAGCUGCUCAUAGCGGGUGAACAACUAGACAUAUGGAAACUGAAUGAACAAGGAAACUGGGUCAAAAGCUGGAAUAAAAGGCCAGCUACACCCAUUAUCAAGGCACAGUUUAGUCCUAGCUGUUCUAUGUUUGCCACGCUAAGCAAGUGGGAUGGAUUAGUCACAGUGUGGUAUGAAAGCAAAGAGGAAGGCUCUCUUCAUAGACAAUACUCCUUUUCAUAUUUGUCGCAUGCCAGUGACACGACCAACUUUGACUGGCGACACUCACCACACAAUGAUAAACAUUCGCAGCAUGACCCUACAAUCUUUACAAUGUGCAAGGAUGGUAUUGGAAGGUUUUGGAGUUCGAUGGAUCUCGAUACCCCGCAUAACCUAUAUAUGACAGCAGUCAUUGACCCUGAUCAAUCCUUGGUGACGGCAUCGGAAGAUGAGAAUUUUGAUUAUACCUCCAAGGAAAACGAAGCGGCAUUUUUUCCCAUACACUAUAUGAACAGUGCAGAAUUAGAAAGUGCUAUUCAGCUGUGUACUGCUGAUCAAGGCGGUCAACUUAGCAGCAAAGUUCGUCGAGUAAGAGAUAUGAUCAAAGAUACCCCGGAUUUGCUUUUCAAAGUGCAGAAAGAUGGAUCCUUGACAAUAUGGGGAAUCCAGCAUUUGAAUGAAUGGCCUCGUAGGAUACCCAAAGUCUUUGUGGUACUUCGUGUUGCCCAAGCCAUCCCUUCCAAUGACGCUAUUCAUUUCAUGAGCAAUGUCAAAAUAUACCACAACCAUCUGGGGAGCAAAACUUCAUCAUCGGUGAACCCUGUAGAGCUCUUUAUAUUGACUCAAGGCACAAACGGACAACUCAGUUGCUACACAAUCAAUCUCAUUGACUUCUUUGAUAGCACGCGCUUUGCAUCCCAGUUGUACCUGCGUUAUUCAUGGUUGGGUCAUCAAUCCUCAAUAGUUGAUAUUCAGCGAUCCCACCAUAGCAAUUACUUUCUCACAAGAUCAGACGAUGAUAAUAUUGCAAUAUGGAAAUAUGAGAGACCAAAGUUUGGCACACGAACAAUGUACGGAUUGAGGGAAAAGGAUUUCCAUAUACAUGUUGGCAAGUCUGCUGCUGUUGCCGUUAUUAGAGAUGACUCCUACCUUGCUGUCAGCCAAGGUGCAAAGGUCUAUAUUCAUAAACGAAACUCUGCUGAAUUUCGUUAUGAAAGCUAUGCAGAGUGCCCAAUGCCAAAUAAUGGCGCUCUCGUCGAUGGUUUACAUUGUUUCGGAAUACCUAUUUCAGAAUCAAAUGAUGAGAAACAAUAUUUACUGGUGGGCACUAGUCCCAGUACGAACGAAGUAUUUUCUUGGAGGGUGUGGUUCGAUAAUCAAUCCCUACUAGUGGAAAUAUUGGGAACGGACACCAUAGAAUCUGGCUGGACAAAUUUUGCACCUGUAACAAACUAUGCUGGCACAGAAAUAUCUUUGGACCUGCACCUUUCGCUCGACAGUCGUUUUUAUUUUGUUACUUGCCAAGAGAGUUCCAUGUUCUUUUGGACCCUGAAGAGAUCGCUGGAAGAUAUUGCAAAGGGAGGAGAGACCUCUAGCAUAUGGCAAUCGCAUGGCCCUUUGGAGUGUCAUUUAAAAAAUAUCAAGGAGAUAGCGGCGAUGAACAACAGAGCCGUUGCAAUUGUUUCUGCUCACAGCAAUGGUGGCACUCGUCUAAGUAUAUGGUCGGAAAUUAGAACAGGCUACCUGCCCCGUCAUGAGGCAGAUCUAGAUAUUAGGGGUGACAUUAACGGCCUUUCAUGGUGCAUGACUUCAGACUCGCAAGCUUUACUUGCUGUGGCAGUUGGCUCUAUGGUACAGAUAUAUGCACGAAAGCGGAUUAAGGAUAUUCAAUUUGAUGAAAGCUGGGCACUCUGCGAUGAAAUGAAGCUGGAAAGUGAUGUCACAGCUGUUGCUUGGGCAGAUGCAGGUGUCCUUGUUGCUGCUUCUGGGCAAACCCUCAGAACAUUUUCUAAAUGGCUAACUAUAGAAGACAAAACCUCUGAGCCAAUGCCAACCAUUUACGAUGUCACUUUCAAAUUGAAUGGACCGCUUCCUUUGUUUCAUCCGGAUGUUUUGGUUCACUAUUUCCUUUGGGGAAAAUUGGACUUGAUCAACUUUCUUAUGUUGACAUUAUAUCGGUUUCUGCGCGCUGUGGAGCAUGCUGACUUUAAGUUCAUAAAGACAAUGCCACCCACGAUAUUGGAUAAGGUCCUCCAUUUGCAAAAUUCCUCAGCUACGAACAAACAAGGGAAGCAACAAUACGACUUUUUAUGGAGCGAUGGCGAUGACAAGCCUGCUCUUAGUGACGAUGAUGACGCUGAGCGACCAAUGACUGAAAAAGAAGCGACUUACAUCAAAGAACGUCUGAAUGAAAAGUCUAUGGCGUUUAUGACAAAAAUAGAUCGCUUGCAUUUAAUCGCCCAAGUCGAUACCCUUAUACAUGUACUUAACCGCAGAAAUUCAGUGGACGAGAAUGGUGCCAGAUACAUGAUUUUCUUGAAAAACUUUUAUUUCCUUAACUCAAUUGUGGACGAUGACAAGAAGCAAGAUGUGUUAUCGUACCGAGAUAUGAUCUGGGCAAGUCACAGUCAAUCGCAGGACGCCAUACUUGAGUUCGCGGACACUUUCAUCGAUAAAAUGGUUUGGAAGGACGCACGAGCGUUGGGAAUAUUCCUAUGGCUUGAUAAAGCUGACACUUUGCGGCAAAGAAUGGAAGCAAUAGCGCGCAAUACCUACCUGAAUCAGGAAGAUAAAGAUCCUGUGAGCUCCACGUUAUUCUACUUGGCGUUAGGAAAAAAGAGUCUAGUGCACACUCUAUGGCGCACAGCAAAUCAUCACAAGGAGCAGAAAGCAAUGUUACAGUUCCUUGCCAAUGACUUUAGAGAAGCACGAUGGCAAACGGCUGCGUCUAAAAAUGCAUUUGCUCUAUUGGGAAAACAGAGAUACGAAUACGCUGCUGCCUUCUUCCUUCUCGCUGGUAAACUUCGAGACGCUGUAAAUGUAAUACUAAAGCACAUGAAGGACAUGCAACUUGCUGUUGCUAUCUGCCGUGUCUAUGAAGGCGAGAAUGGGCCGGUUUUACGGGAAAUCAUUACCAACCAUAUGCUGCCUCUAGCAUGCAGCACUGACGAUCGCUGGCUGGCUUCCUUGGCUUUCUGGAUGAUUGACAAAACCGAUGAAGCGGUUGCUGCGACUAUGAUAUCGCCACAAAAGCUUAUUGAUCCAGAUGCAAAAUUGCAAUCCACGUCUAAACCCAAUCACCUCGAUCCAAGCCUUCUCAUUCUCUACCAAUACCUGAAGGAAAAGACAUUACAAAACAGGAAAAAAACCUACCAAAUAACUUAUGAUUUGGAAUAUGAAUUUCUUCUGGACGCAGCGAGAACUUAUGAACGAAUUGGAUGUCCUUUACUUUCACUUUACAUUCUCACCCAAUACAAGAUCUCGCCUCCUCUUGUAUUAGAUCGAUGAUCCAGUGACUACCGGAGCCUUGGAUUUCGAAGACUGGGGUAGUAAUAGACAAGAUCAAAACGGCAAUCAUGAUAAGUCAGGACCAUCACGCGCUGCAGACUUAUUCGGUGACGAUGAUGAUUCCAAUCCUUUUGCCAGUGGCUCCAAGCAAGCAAAAGCGGUGGACCUGUUUGCGGAUGAGCCAGCUCAACUUAGCAGAGCCCAGGAUU